CCGGAUGUAAAGUAGGUCACGUCACAUUCAUUGACUCCAUGAUGGCAGCCGAGAACUGAAAUAUACAUAGGUGGCGCUUCUUGUUUUGUGGUUAACAGGACAUAACGUGUACGAAACAGCCAUGCUUGUUAUUCUGCUUGCUGCGGUAGUUGGUUUCAUUACAGCCCAAGAUGUUCAGGAAAUAGCGUUUUCUGCCGGGCUGGACCAUGACCUCUCUUUGACGUCGGCAGACCGCAUCGUCUUCAACACCGUCCUGUCCAACGUGGGUGGCGGCUAUGACCCAAAGACCGGCACAUUUAACUGCCCCGAAACAGGCAUAUACGUAUUCCAGUUCCACACGUUGGCUCACCAAGACAAGGCCGCCUGGCUGGAGCUGUAUCACAACCAACAAUACAUCGCCUCAGUGUACGGCAAAACCACCAACGACUAUGCUAUGGCCGGUAACUCCGUCAUCCUGCAGGUCACCAAGGGCGACCAGGUCUACAUUCGAGCUGUUGAUGCCAGCUACGGUAUAGCUACGGACCUGUACAACAAGCCGGACGAGAUCUACUCGACCUUCAGCGGCUACCUAAUCACGGCCAUCGCAACCGAAACACCUGUCGGCGCCGGCAAAUAAAUCAUGCUGAUAGCCAUCAGAACUAUAUGAAUAAUGUAUAUUGGAUAAAAAAGCUUGAAUUGUGUAACGAUGUUGUAUUGACUCAACAAAAAAAAAUAAAGUACUGAAAUACUUCAGAAGAAUUGA